AAACGACCGAAAAUGUCAAAAUGCCAUGAAUUUACAGGAUGAUAGAUAAGACAGAUGUAUCGCUUUCGUGCAUUUGCAGUAGAGAGUGGAUGUCUCAUGCAUGCAUAGGUGGGAUACACAUGAUGGGACGUAAUGGAUACAGACAGGCAAAGUUAGAAUUCACUAAGAUACAAUGACGUGGGCCAUCAAACUGCACAAAUCAUAAACUAGACCAAGGGUGGAUGCUUCACCGGUACCUCUGGCCAUCGGUAAAAAAAAGAUUUGAGCUAGAUGUGGUGUCACUUGCUCAAUAGUGGCAAGACCAGCUCCUGGAGAUGACUUUGCGCCCAUUAACUCUGGAACGAGCGAGCAGCCCCUGAUUCCCCAUUGUCCGUGGCCUCCCGAGCCGCCGAUCCCCAUGGCCUCCAGUGAGCUGCCGCCGUCGCGGAAGAAAUCCACUCCGACCACCAUAUGCGCCCUCGGCGACGACCUCCUGCGCGAGGUGUUGCUCCGCCUGCCCUCCCUCCCGACCCUCGUCCGCGCCGCGCUAACCUGCCCCGCUUUCCUCCACGCCGUCCGCUCGUCCCCCGCGUUCCGCCGCCGCUUCCGCGACCUCCACCCGGCCCCGCUCCUGGGCGUCUUCCUCGACAUCUACGGGCCCGCCAUGCCCGCCUUCGUGCCCGUCCGCCGCCGGUCCGACCCGGACCACGCCGCGGCCGUCCGCCGCGCCGACGUCUUCCUCACCCGGGUCCCCGAAGACGAAGAAGAAGGCGGAGGCGAAGACGAAUUGGAAGUCGGAUACGUCGACGGCCCCGGAUGGUUGAUGACGGAGUGCCGCGAUGGGUACGUGCUUCUCUGCCACCUGCUCACCAAGCGGGCGGCCGUCUACGACCCCCUCACGCGGGGCCUGCAUCUUCUCUCACCGCCGCACGCAGAGAUCUGCGCAGAAGACCCCGAAGUGGCCGAGGUUGAGUUCCACGUCCUCACCUCCCAAGAGGACCGCCGGUCGCUCCGCUUGCUCUGCAUCUGCAAGGAAAGGAGAGCAGCCAAGGUCGCUCUCUUCUCCGCGGACAGCAGGGAGUGGCAGAUCUCCCCAGAAGCGGGGAGCCUGCAGCUGACGGCAAGAGGCAAUGGUACGCUUGUCAACGGGUGUGUCUACUGGGCAUCUGCAGACAAUAUCCAUGUGCUCAACACCGCGACACUGCACUUCUCCCGGAUGGAUCCGCCGCCGCAUAUGCAACACAGCUACUACAAGGGUGUCAAGGUCGGCGAGACCAGUGAUGGAAAGCUCUGUGUCGCCUGGGCAACUGAUCUACUGCUUAAGGUUUGGGUCUGGAGAGCCACCGCCGCCGGUGUCGACAAUUGGAUGCCGGACACAGACAAAUCGAUGCUGGAUGAGAUCCGUGAAUUGGAGGUGCCAUGUUUAGAUGAAGACCCUGUACUGGAGGUUAAGGCAAUCAUCGGUGGCAUCGUGUAUUUGUCUGCCUACGAGGCAUCGAGUCCCAGUGCUUGCUGGUUGCUAUCCUUCUGCACUGAAACAGAGAAGCUGAACAAGGUCUGCCCUAUCACCAACUCUGAUUUUUUCUAUCCCUAUUUGAUGGCGUGGCCUCCUCUUCUGUAUGCAACAAGGUGAACUCUCUUGGCUAGAAGCCUAGAAGUGGCUUGACUAGUCAGAGGAGUAAAAAAACUAGAACUCAGGUAAUUUUAUCGGCACUACGGAUAUUACGUUUUGUUAUCUGACUGACGAUGAUAUCUUUGCUACGUGUAAGUCAAGAAUUCAAGAUGUCCAGGUCCAGUCCAGGUGUUGUUGGGAAUUGCAAGUUAUUAUUUCCGCUGGCUUGUUAUCAUUAUGAGCAAAUGAUGCCCGUGGUAUAAAAACUUGGCAGACACCAGUAGUUUAGUCCAUCAACUCCCAGUAUUAACGAUCGACACCCUAAACUUGGCAGGUUAGAGCAUAUAUGGUCCUAUGUGUUCCACGCCCAUUGCUUUGCUAGUGCAUAUAUGUUCCUGUAUUAUGUCGACGUGGCUUCGCUGGUGCUCGCUUAUCCACUUUGGUCUCUGGAUUCUUGUUCCUGUGUGCAGAGGCGGAGACAGGGGGGGUGCGAGCAGGGGUCAGACACCCCCCUAUUUGCGCAAUUGUGCUUACUCCUUGGCUGCUUCAUGUUAUGUGCUAUCAGCUGGGUGAACCUAGUCAUGUUAUCUACUCACGUUUCUGAUUGUCAGCUUGUCCACUAUGAAUUUACGAAGAAACUGAAUUUAAAUAACUUAUUUCUCUUCAAUUUGCUAUCGAUGAAGUAUAAUUUUGUUUACUGCUAGUGCUAAGCUGCACCCAUCCGGCAUAUGGUUACCUGGAGGGUACGGGCAUGAGCAGAUUUUUGUGCAUGUUGGCAUGGGUAAGGGUGGGGUUUUGUGUCUGUGAGCAACUUGGGCGUGGGUAUGCGAUCCCGGUACAAUUGUUGGUAGUGUAAAAUGAUUCAUGACAACACUGAGGCUCCAUACUCCCAUCUGUUGCUUAUUCUACCAUUGUCCGAUUGUUGUAUAAUUUCCUUCAGAAUUGCUAGUUUCACUGUGAAAUAUUAGUAGUAGGAACUCAAAAUGUGCGAAAAUUCAGCUGAAACAUGAGAGAAACUGAGUUCGGUCAUAAUCAACUUUAUGACAUGAAAUUUCGGCCGGACAUUUGCUCGUUGUAACAUCAACUCUUUUUUAGAGUAAAGUUGCAACAUGAAUGUUUUCUUUUUGACAACCCACUCACUACACACAGCAAUCGAUUUUUUUUUAAGCACAACACAGAAA